CUCCCGGGUGACGCGGACGCUGUUUAGAGGGGCGGUGCCCGGCUGGGGUGCUUGGGAUGCGCGUGCGCACAGGAGGGCUCGUUUCGCCUUCCCAUCCUAGGGCGAAAAGAUGAAGAGAGUAUUUUCCCUAUUAGAAAAAACUGUGCUUGGUUCCCCUGUGCAAUUUGCUUGGCAGAAGACAUUAGGAAACUUCAUUGCUAUUACCGGGUCGGAUCACACUGUAAAAAUAUUUGAUCGCCAUGGUCAAAAGAAAAAUGAAAUCAGUCUAUCUGGCAACUGCAUUGCAAUGGACUGGGAUCAAGAUGGAGAUACCCUAGCAAUAAUUGCUGAUAAAUCCAGUUCCAUUUAUCUGUGGGAUGCCAACACAAACAAAACCAGCCAGGUGGAUACUGGCAUGAGGGAACUGAUGUCUUUCUUGCGCUGGUCGAAAACGGAAGCCUUACUUGCUGCUGGAACAGCCAAGGGAAACUUGCUAAUAUAUAAUCACCAAACUUCUCGCAAGAUUCCUAUCCUCGGUAAACACACCAAGCGAAUCACGUCCGGCUGUUGGAGCAAUGGGAAACUUAUAGCAUUAGGUGGUGAAGACAAAUUGAUAACAAUUAGUAACCAUGAAGGGGACACUAUCCGAGUGGGAACAGUGAAAGGAGAACCCAGUGAUAUGCAGUUCAUAGUCAUGAAGACAGAUGACAGAACCUCAGGAAGCGAGACCACAGUAAGUGUUGUGCUUGGCAAGAAAAUACUGUAUCUUUUUAAUUUCCAAGAUCCCGAUAACCCAAUUGAACUGCAGUUUCAACAGCACUAUGGGAGCAUUGUGGCUUACAAAUGGUAUGGGGAUGGUUAUAUCAUGAUUGGUUUCUCGCUCGGCUUCUUUGUGGUGAUCUCUACACACAUUCGAGAGAUUGGUCAUGAAAUCUUACAAGUUUGCAAUCAUAAAGAUAAUUUGACAAGCAUUGCAAUAUCACAGUCGCUCAACAAAGCUGCAUCGUGUGGAGAUAACUGCAUUAAGAUCCAUGACCUGUCAGACCUAAAUGAAAUGUAUGCAAUAAUAAACUUAGAAGAUGAAAAUAAAGGUUUAGAUCAGCUGUCGUGGACUGAUGAUGGGCAACUGCUGGCCGUGUCUGCAAAGAGAGGAUCCCUUCACGUCUUCCUAACAAAGCUCCCCAUUCUUGGAGACUCUUGCAGCACUCGGAUUGCGUACCUCACCUCACUCCUUGAAGUCACUGUAGCCAACCACAUUGAAAGAGAGAUACCAGUUACAGUUUCUGUGGAAGUCGAGCCCAGCUUUGUUGCUGUGGGACAUUACCACUUGGCUGUGGGCAUGAAUAAUCGUGCAUGGUUUUAUGCUCUUGGAGAGAACAGUGUCAAAAAACUCAAGGACAUGGAAUAUCUCGGAACUGUAAACAAUAUGUGCCUUAAUUCUGAUUAUGCUGCGGCCCUUUUUGAGGGUAAAGUCCAGUUACAUAUGAUAGAAAGUGAAGUCCUGGGUACCCAGGAAGAACGGGAGACCAGACUGUUUCCCGAUAAUGAUGAUAAAAGUAAAAUUUUGUGCCAUACUUUAACUAGUGACUUCCUCAUCUAUGGUACUGAUGCUGGAAUUAUUCAAUAUUUUUACAUUGAAGACUGGCAAUAUGUGAACGACUAUCGACAUCCUGUCAGUGUGCGAAAAAUCUUCCCAGAUCCCAGCGGCUCCAGACUAGUUUUUAUUGAUGAUAAAAGUGAUGGCUUUGUCUACUGUCCUGUAAAUGAUGGCGUCUAUGAGAUUCCAAAUUUCCAGCCAACAAUCAAGGGCAUUCUGUGGGAAAACUGGGCUAUGGACAAGGGAGUAUUUGUUGCAUAUGAUGAUGAUAAAAUAUAUACUUAUGUCUUCCAUAAGGAUACUAUACAAGGAUCCAAGGUGAUUUUGGCAGGAGGCACUAGAGUUCCUUAUUCUCACAAGCCAUUGUUGUUAUAUAACGGAGAAUUAACCUGCCAGACUCAAAGUGGGAAAACCAACACUGUUGCCCUUAGCACUCAUAGCUUUCUUGGUACUUUAAAAAGCGUGGGGCCUAACGAUCUGAAACAAAUGCUUACCCAGACCAUAAUGUUGAAAAGAUUUUCAGAGGCAUGGGAGUUGUGCAAACUGCUGAACAGUCCGUCCAGUUGGAAUGAGCUAGCCAGAGCUUGUUUACAUCACAUGGAGUUGGAGUUUGCAAUUCGGGUUUACAGGACGAUCAGGAAUGUGGGAAUGGUCAUGUCACUAGAGCAAAUAAAGGGUAUAGAAGACCACAACCUUCUGGCGGGGCACCUUGCCAUGUUUACUAGUGACUUUAAUUUGGCUCAGGAUUUGUAUUUAGCAUCUUCUUGUCCUUCUGUUGCCCUUGAGAUGAGAAGAGAUUUGCAGCACUGGGACAGUGCAUUGCAGCUGGCUAAGCGUUUGGCACCAGAUGAAAUCCCCUUCAUAUCAAAGGAAUAUGCUAUACAACUGGAAUUCACUGGAGAUUAUGUGAAUGCUCUGGCACACUAUGAAAAAGGAAUUACAGGGAACAAUAAGUUCCAGGAGCAUGAUGAGGCCUGCCUUGCUGGAGUUGCUCAGAUGUCUAUUCGCAUGGGUGAUAUUCGGCGAGGCGUUAACCAAGCCAUCAAGCAUCCUAGCAGGGUUCUAAAAAGAGAUUGUGGAGCCAUUCUGGAGAGCAUGAAGCAAUUUUCAGAAGCUGCCCAGCUCUAUGAAAAAGGGCAAUAUUAUGACAAAGCUGCAUCAGUAUAUAUCCGUUGCAAAAAUUGGGCCAAGGUUGGUGAGCUUCUGCCCCAUGUGUCCUCGCCAAAGAUACAUUUACAGUAUGCCAAAGCAAAGGAAGCAGAUGGCAGGUACAAAGAAGCUGUCUUGGCCUAUGAAAAUGCCAAGCAAUGGGACAAUGUUAUCCGGCUGUAUUUGGAUCAUCUGAACAACCCUGAGAAGGCUGUUAGCGUUGUAAGAGAAACACAGUCUCUUGAUGGAGCCAAAAUGGUGGCCAGAUUUUUUCUACAAUUAGGUGACUACGGUUCUGCCAUCCAAUUUUUGGUCCUGUCCAAAUGUAAUAAUGAAGCUUUUUCCCUGGCCCAGCAGCACAAUAAGAUGGAGAUUUAUGCCGACAUAAUUAGUGAGUUCGAGAACACCACAAAUGGGAAGAACUAUCAGAGUAUUGCCUUAUAUAUUUUGAAGGGGGAGAAAAGCUUACUUCGGGCUGGGAAGUUCUUUCCUUCUAUAUGCAGUCACUACUCAGAGGCAUUAAAGCACUUUUUGAAAGGAUCCAAACAUACAGAUAGUUGUUCCACGACUGGCUAUGAAAUGGCAAUAGAGACGGUGGGACAGGCAAAGGAUGAAACUCUGACUAAUCAACUCAUAGAUUACCUCAUGGGAGAGAGUGAUGGAGUACCAAAGGUGAAACAGAAAAUUAAAAUACCUUCUGAGAUGGCUACGAACCUGAUGAUUCUGCACAGCUAUAUUUUAGUAAAGAUUCACGUGAAGUAUGGUGACCAUUUGAAGGGGGCACGUAUGCUGAUUCGCGUGGCCAACAAUAUCAGCAAGUUCCACAUUAAGUACAUUGUCCCCAUCCUGACCUCCACUGUCAUUGAAUGUCAUCGAGCAGGACUGAAAAAGUCCGCAUUUGGUUUUGCUGCAAUGUUGAUGAGACCAGAAUACCGGAAUAAAAUUGAUGUGAAAUAUAAAAAGAAGAUUGAAGCGAUGGUCAGACGACCUGACACGUCAGAAGCCGAAGAGCCAACAACACCUUGCCCCUAUUGUGAAUUCUUGCUACCUGAAUGUGAGCUUCUCUGUCCUGGCUGUAAAAAUAACCUUCCCUACUGCAUUGCUACAGGACGGCAUAUGGUGCAAGGUGACUGGACUGUGUGUCCCCACUGUGACUUCCCUGCCCUGUUUUCAGAGUUCAGAAGCUUGUUGCAGAAUGAAAGCACAUGUCCAAUGUGUUCAGAAAAAGUAAAUAUUGUCAGCCUUAUGAAAAUAGUUGACUGUACACCACAUCUCAACCUUGAAGUAGAAUAAUUAUUACAGUCAAAUUAGAUACAACAUUAUACGUGCCAGAAAAUGGAUUUUGGCUAUUGUGUAACAUGAUGAAAAUUACUUCUGAGUCAGAACAUACAACCGUGUGCAUUUUCAGAAGACAUUGGCCAAGACAAGUGCUACAGCAUUCAAGAAAGCAUCAAAGGUUUGAAUCCAGUGGUACUGCUGUUUAAAAAUUUUAUAGUUUCCAAAUCUGUUCUAAUUCUGAGCCUGUAAAUAUUUAUAUUUUGAUAGAUUGUUUGUACUAUAGCCUUUUCAGUUUACAAUAAAAGUUUGAAUGAA